ACUUGGAGAGGAUGUCAGCCUCGUGGCGCCCCACCUUCAGCGACCCGAGCACCUUCUUAAUAGCCACCCGCUCUCGGGAAUCGGCAUGGUACCCGAGAUACACGGUGCCAUAAGUGCCGCGCCCGAUCUCUGCAUGCUUCUCGUACGCGCCCAGACGCUUCCGCGCGUCACUGCCCAUCCGGCGCUUCAUAGUCGUCUGCAGCGUUCUGAGUGGGGCUAUUUUGGGUUGGCAAACCGCUUUUCGGCCAAUCGUGCGCGAGCUGGGACGCGGAGGUGCAACGACAAGUGGAUGCGGGCAGGCUCAAGCCAGUACGAUCGCCGGCGUCGACAGAAGGGGGCAGGGGCAGGUGGCGGGCGAUUCGUUUAGUGACGUCGACCUUUGCGUCUGAGUAUGGUGUCGCCGUUUGGAACCCGUCGCCCCAAAAGGAGCGAGAAAGAGAGCGGCGAGAGGGAAAGAGAGUGAGCACAAGCGGUCGGCCGUUCUCGGCUGGGGUUUCUGCCAUUCUCGAUCGCUUCUGGCCGCCCCCACAGACACACAGACGCCCCAACUCUCCGGAGCACUCCCACAUACACAUACCGACACAGGCCCACGAUGAAGAAGUCAACGAAGAGCGUGCGAUGGUCCACCGUGACAGUGUAUGAGUUCGGCGUAGCACUGGGAGGCAGCGCCGUCCCGCGCCGCGGCGGCCCGUCCAUCGGCUUGGCCCGCACACCGCAGCAGGUGUGGAGCACGACGCUGGAUAAGGUGCGGCGCUGCGGGGACCUGGCGCUCACGCGGCCGGGCUCCGCUGGAGACGCCGAUGACACCGAGCAGAAGGAGAACGCAGACACUUUGGACCGGAAUGAGCAGCGCAAGCGCCGGGUGCUGCGCGCACGGAGAGUGCGUUGGCUAAAGCCGCUAGAGCGCAUCACGAUGCUGACCAAGGCUGGCUGCAGCGAAGAGCGCAUCUACCGCAUGAUGAUGGAGAGCUCCGACAUCGCCAUGUCCAGGAGGCUCUGCGUCUCGAUGCAGCGGCAAGUGGCAGCAUGAAGGCGUGGAAUCUCUCACGUCUGGCGAGCAGGGACGAAAGUGGAUGAUAUCGCGCUGGUUGGCGCCGCUACGCACCAAAGAAGACCAGAAGGUAGUAGAGUAUGGAUGACAAUGAAGAACUAUUUACUGUGUACUAAGGUGGUUUAGCUGUUGUUCCUACGAUGCUGUUGGGCAUCAGUUUGUCUUGGUAUCAUCACGGCUAAACGUGGUGGU